AAUAAAACCAUUAAAACAAUAAUUAAAAAUCCUCUUCUAUGAUAUUGACAAUGGUUAUUAACGAACUAACUUAAAGUUUAGAAUAGUUAAGUUUGUGACGGGCAGUGUGACAGUAAAACGUCCUUUUUGUGAUGGAUAGUGCUAGCGGUAACGUUGGUGAAAUGGGUCGGCGAACCGGAGAACUUUUAAGGCGUAUCAACCGCUUCACAGACGGCCCCAUGACGAGGAAGAAGCUGAUAAUACUCUUCCUGGUGGUCAUCUUCCUGCUCCUCUACGUUGGUCCAACUUUGAUGAGCUGGUUCUUUAACAGUGAGGAUUCCGCGUCGGGUCAGAGUUUUUGCCAGAAGCAAUUUUUAAAUCCUUUCCAAGACGCUAUCGGCGAUUACGACGCUUACAUGAGACCUGAGAGCGAAGCUACAUUGUCCAGUGUACGACACAACUAUGUGCCUUAUGUCGGUAAUGGCCUAUUAGGCCUGGCUUUAAACCAUGAUAGUCAUAUUAAUAUCAAACAUGGGCGGACACUAUCGCUCCCUGUAAAAUAUCACCCUCUAUACAUCAUAGAGGAUCCAGACAUGAAGGAAUUUACUGUUGCCGAGUAUAAAAAAGGUAUCAUAAACAGAUUUCAAUGUAGUAACAGUGGCUUACAGAUUACUUAUCAGUAUUACGCACACAGAACGAUACCAUCACUGUUUGUGCAAGAAAUUUGGGUCAACAAUCCAUCAAAUAAACCUAGAAGUGUAAAAAUCUCAACGCCUAGGGUGUCGGACUGGCCGACAGCUGUCAAACAAACCGUAAAACUUCACCAAGGAGUGGACACAAAGGAGUAUGAGGUGGUCACCGGAAUGCUUGAAAUACCAGACAGUGAUAAUGUUAAAGCUGUUGCUAUCGUGUGCAGAAAGCUUGGAAAUACGAUACAAAUUGAUGCACGAGAUGGCUUGGAUUUACUUAUCUUGACAACCGUCCAAUAUAGUCAGCCUAUAAAGAAAUCCGAAUAUGCAAAGCAUAAGGAUAUAGUUGAAACCAAAGCUAUUUCGGAAAUGGAGAAGGUCAUUUCUCUAACCGGAGAUAGAGCUGCCGCUAAGAAAUUAAAGGAGAACCAUGUCAGAGUCUGGCAGGGGCUAUGGUAUACAGGAUUCUACAUUUCAGACUCGAAAGUCCAAGGCAUAAUAAAUGGAGACCGCAUCAAUGCUACUAUCUAUUCCAUUCUGUCCCAAGUCCAGAGUUACGAACAUGAGGAACAUAUAAAACCAAAGGAAAAAGCUGAAAUUUUGCGUACACUUACUUAUUCGGAAGGCUGUUACGGAGGACAUUCAACCUUAGACGCAUUUAAUUUAUGGAAACCUUUAAAUAACCUAGAAAACUUGAAUAAUGUUGCUAGUGUUUGGUUGUUGACGUUAGAAAAACAUGGCUGCCAUAAACUCCUCAAAGCCGGAGCUAGUGGAGUCAACCAAGCUAUGAUACUAAGCUUUGGAAGCUUACGAUUCAGCAACCAACAUCUUGAAUACAACAUCCAUCCUUCUAAACUACACAGAGACUUUUUAUUCCGCAGAGUCAACUACGGAAACAUGACACAUGUUAACAUAAGCGUAAUAGUCCAGGAAGACAACAAAGCAGCUAUAUUUGUAGCCCUAGAUCGCUCUGACAAGACUUAUUACGCUUGUGAUGCUGGCUGUCUCGACUCUCCUGUGCAACUUGGUCCGUACAGGAAAUACUUCCCAGUGAAGUUGACUGAUCCGUUAACAGCUAUACUAUAUAUAACAGCAGAUCAGCAGCACAUGGAAGAACUAAGGCAUGCUAUUCAUGUUGUAGAAGUAGCGGAAGCCCCAGCGCAUGAAAAUCAUGUAAUAGCCAUGCACAAACACGGUCACAGUUUGGGCGGAUUAAAUCCUCUAUUCUGGAUAUCUAUAAUAGCUCUAAUCGUCGUCUUCCACUUGUUCUUAUGCCGGAUAAUCAUGAACGAGUUCUGUGGCAGCGGUGUAGCAUACAAACGCCUGUAUAAUAAGCCUUGAAGUUGCCUUAUAAUGUGCUUAGCUUGACUGAUUGAUCCUAGAAUUCCUAGAUAUAGGAUAAACUGGACAGUGCCACAGAAUAAAUAACAGUACUACCGUACAGAGGACACUUCCUACAAAACCGAAGUUUGACAGCAAUUCAGAGACGAAUCAUGCUGUCAUUGCUGUCCCUUUCUAAUGUGUGGCACUAUCCCUUUCGGCUAUUUAGGGCUGUCAAAAUUCAAGUCAUUAUUCUACCUGUGGUCGUGCACGCAAAGGGACGUCAAGUUGUGCCAACCCUAAUAAUUGCUCGGAGCAAUGCUGAGCCGAACACAGCCGAGCAUGCUCGAAAGGAGGAGUGUCGUCCCACUGACAGUGCACACAAUCAAAACAAAUGACUAUCUAAUCUUUAAUGACAGAUAAAAGUCUGGAAAAUAUGCAGUCGUUUAAAUAAUUUAUAGUAACCAAUUUUAUUGUGACAUCACAAAUAAGGGCCCGUUCAAACCUCGCCAAUAUUGCGUGCGAUUUUUAAUACAUUUCAUCUAUCCUUCUAAGGACCAGCCAUACUAAAACAAUCCAGAACCGAUUGACCGUGACGUCACUACAUUCGUUUUCAUAAUUUUCAUAUAAAUUCCACAUCAGCAAAUCUUUUUGACAGUUCUAAAAAAGAAGCUUAUCUGACUAGUAGGAAUGUAGCCUAUUGAAUAUGAUUUAAAUUUCAUCGAACUGUAUAAGUACUAUAGGUAUGACUUUGGCCCUUACGAGGCUAUCCAUGGAUUUCGUUGUAUAUUAGUUGCUGGCAUUGUAUUGUAUAUCGCAUGCAAUUAUUGAUGUGGUUUAUAGUUUGUAGAGGCCCUAAGAUAAAAAUUCUAAUGAUAAAAUGAAUCAUUGUUGAAUGUUAUGAAACAAAUAUUUUCUGUCGCUGUUUGCGGUCAUAUUCUAUCGCUUGAAAAUUUUCAAACUUUUUGUAUAAACCUUACCCUGUAUAAUAUACUGCCACACUGAGCAUAAGAGCAAUAACCAUAGAAGGUAGGAUCCUAUAGAAAUGGUAUACGCGUGCCUCCGUAAGGGUCAAAACAGGCAAUGCGACACUAUGAUUGGUUGAAUUUAUUUGUUGCCAACCAUAACCCGUACUAAUUUAAGGAAUGUGAUGUACUAACCAUAAAAAAAUGUGAGACUGUGACAAGGACAAACAAUUAAUAGCGCUUUCGCUGCUACUCCUACUGAAAGAUACAUAAGACUAUCCCGUUCGCUCAUUUCCCCCACCCAUCAUGCCUUAUCCAGUUAGGGCCCCCCCACAUCU